AUGCGCGCUGAGGCGGGCUACCCGCCGGACGCGGCCGACCGCCUGCUGCCAGAGUACGACUUCGUGGUGGUGGGCGGCGGCAGCGCCGGGUCGGCCGUGGCCGCGCGGCUCGCCGAGGUGGCCGAGUGGCGCGUGCUGCUGCUCGAGGCGGGGGCCGACCCGCCGCUCACCGCAGACAUCCCGCCGCUCUUCCACAGCCUGCAGGAGUCGGAGAUAGACUGGGGCUACGAGACGGAGCCGCAGGAGGCGGCCUGCCUGGGGAUGCAGGGCCGGCGCUGCUACUGGCCGCGCGGCAAGGUGCUGGGCGGCUCCAGCGUGCUCAACGCCAUGCUGCACGUGCGCGGCAACCCGCGCGACUACGACGCGUGGGAGGCGGCCGGCAACCCGGGCUGGGCGUACCGCCACGUCAGGCCCUACUUCAUCAAAGCCGAGAGCUUCGAGAUGCCGCAGGAGCCGCACCCGUGGGGCGACUACUCGGCCUCGGAGCACGGCGCGGCGGGCCCGCUGCGGCUGACGCAGAGCGCGUGGCGCAGCCCGCUGAGCGGGGCCGUGCUGCGCGCGAGCGGGGCGCGCGCCUACCUCUGCCCGGCCGCCUCCAGGGCCAACCUGCACGUGGUGCGGCGCGCAGCCGCCUCCGCCGUGCUCGUCGACCCCGCCACGCUCGCCGCCACCGGCGUGCGCUUCCUGCUGGCCGGCCGCAACCACACCGUCCGUGCCGCCAAGGAGGUGGUGCUGAGCGCCGGUACGGUGGGGUCGGCCCAGCUGCUGAUGGUUUCCGGGAUAGGGCCGCGCCGGCACCUGGAGUCGCUGGGGAUCCCCGUGGUGCGGGACCUGCCGGUGGGGGAGAACCUGCAAGACCACAUGCAGCUGGUGGCGCCCACCUACCUCUUCAACAGGUCCCACCCGCAGGAGCGCACUGCCUCCCAGCGCAUGGACGACGUCUACGAAUACUUCGCGCACCGCACUGGACCACUUGCCAGCUUGGACCUCCUUCAAGUACAGGGUUUCAUCAAGACAAAGUACGAAGAUCCGCAGGAUGACUACCCCGACGUGCAGUACCAGCACAUCCGGUUCCCACACAAGGACUUCGAGACAGUGGAGCGCGUCUCCAGGGUAACGCGCUUCCGUCCAGAGGUGCACGAGGCGGUGUUCGGGCGGCCGGUGUCUCGGUCCGAGAUCUACGUGCAGCUGGCGGUGCUGCAGCGGCCGCGCAGCCGGGGCACCAUCAGGCUGCGCUCGGCGGACCCGCUGGUGCCGCCCGUCAUCGACCCCCGGUACCUCACACACCCGCACGACGUCGCCGUGCUGGUCGAGGGCGCCAAGUUCAGCGCCCGCAUGGCCAAGACCAAGGCCCUCGCCAAGGACUUCGAGGUGGAGAUGAGCCGCGAGCCAGUGCCGGGCUGCGAGCACCUCGCCUGGGAGACGGACGAACACUGGGCGUGCGUGGUGCGCACGCUGGCCACCACCAUCUACCACCCGGUGGGCACCUGCAAGAUGGGCCCCCACACCGACCCCGCCGCCGUCGUGGACGCGCGCCUCCGGGUGCACGGCGUGCAGCGGCUGCGCGUCGUCGACGCCUCCGUCAUGCCCACCAUCGUCACUGCCAACAUCAACGCCCCCGUCGUGAUGAUCGGCGAGAAGGGGGCCGACAUGAUCAAGCAGGACUGGGGGGCCAUCGCCGCCUGAGCAACGCCCGUCCCUGUACACCGUUUGUUUCUCGAAGCGCGCAGACAUCUCGUGAAUUGCACUCGUAUGAUGACGCAUUCGCCUUACUACCACUGGAUGCCUCUUCCUUUACAAGAAAUUACAAAUCUGUAAAAAGUUGUUACACAACUAGCUGUUAUGGAUUCGAAUAAUGUCUCUGCGAAACUCGUUCCGAUAUUAAAACAAUUUGCAAUAUCAUUGUGUCCAAGGCUGUGCAAUAAACAAGAUGCUGAAUUGCUAGAA